GGCAGUCCCGAGGGCACGGGGUCAUCAUCAAAUCGUCAUCAACAUGGCGGGCGUUCUGAGGUUGACCCGAUGGGUCGGCGGACUUCGUGGCUCUUUACUGCCUGCCCAAGGCGGCCACCAUGUGCAACAAGGGUCUAAAUAUUCUUCAGCUCCCUCCACAGUUCUGAUCAACAAGAUCCUGAUAGCUAACCGUGGUGAGAUUGCGUGCCGUGUGAUGAGGACAGCCCAGAAGCUGGGCAUCAGGACAGUAGCCGUGUACAGUGAUGCUGAUCAGGACUCCAUGCAUGUCGCAAUGGCAGAUGAGUCCUACAACAUCGGCCCUGCACCUUCUCAGGAGAGUUACCUCAACAUGAAGAAAAUUCUCUCUGUGGCUAAAAACACAGGAGCUCAGGCCAUUCAUCCAGGUUAUGGCUUUCUGUCAGAAAACACAGAAUUUGCCGACUUAUGUCAACAAGAGGGAGUCAUCUUCAUUGGUCCACCUUCCUCAGCUAUUAGAGACAUGGGCAUAAAAAGUACUUCAAAAGCCAUCAUGUCUGCUGCCGGGGUGCCAAUCAUUGAGGGUUACCAUGGCGAGGACCAAUCAGUGGAGAGAUUGAAGGCUGAGGCAAAGAAGAUUGGUUACCCUGUUAUGGUGAAGGCUGUGAGAGGGGGAGGAGGGAAGGGCAUGAGAAUAGUGAUGACAGAGGCAGAGUUUGAAUCUCAGUUGGAAUCAGCCAAGAGAGAAGCUCUGAAGUCCUUCAACGAUGAAGUCAUGCUGGUUGAGAAAUUUGUGGACACUCCAAGACACGUGGAGGUCCAAGUGUUUGGAGACCAGCAUGGGAACGUGGUGUACUUGUUUGAGAGAGACUGCAGUGUUCAGAGGAGACAUCAGAAAAUCAUCGAGGAAGCCCCAGCUCCUGGAUUGACAGAAGAAGUGAGAAGAAGACUGGGUGAGGCAGCCGUCCGAGCAGCCAAGGCUGUCAACUAUGUGGGGGCAGGAACUGUGGAGUUCAUCAUGGAUAAGCACCAGAACUUCUUCUUUAUGGAGAUGAACACCAGACUUCAGGUGGAACAUCCUGUCACUGAGAUGGUCACACACACAGACCUGGUGGAGUGGCAGAUUAAGGCAGCGGCAGGAGAACCCCUCCCUGUGACACAGGAGGACAUCAGACUGACAGGACACGCCUUCGAGGCCAGGAUCUACGCCGAGGAUCCCGCCAACAACUUCAUGCCGGGGGCGGGGCCUCUGGUUCACCUGGCAACCCCCGCCGCUGACGACACUGUCAGGAUAGAGACCGGUGUCCGAGCAGGGGAUGAAGUGUCUGUACAUUAUGACCCUAUGAUUGCCAAGCUGGUGGUUUGGGGACCAGACAGGCCAGCAGCUCUCAACAAACUCAAGCACUGCCUCACACAGUACAAUAUUGUAGGUCUUGCGAACAAUGUGACGUUCCUGAGUCAGCUGUCUUCUCACUCGGAGUUUGCGGCGGGGAACGUUCACACAGGGUUCAUCGACCUCCACGAGUCACAGCUGUUCCCUGAAAGACAACCCCUCCCCCACGAGUCAUUGUGUCAGGCGGCUCUCGCUCUACUACUUCUCGAGGAGGACCAGAUGAGCAUUUCCUCUGUCAUGUCUCAAGAUCCGUUUUCUCCCUUUGCCAGUGCCACUGGGAGAAGACUAAAUCACACCUUUACGAGAAAGGUUGCUCUUAAUGAUGGAGACAACAAAGUCCAGAUUCAUAUAUCCUAUGGUGGAGAGGACACAUACAAAAUGCAGAUUGCAGACCAGUGUUAUGAAGUGUCAGGGUUCCUGCAGUCAGGAGGCAGUAUGGAGGAGCUGAGGUGUACCAUAGAUGGCUCCAGGUCUACAGCCAGAGUCGCUCUGCAUGGGAGCUCUCUACAUGUCUUCUCUAUGGAUGGUCCAUGUGAGAUCCAGCUCCCCACACCAAAGUACAUAGAGAAGCUGCGGGGGAGGGGGUCAGGGUCCACAGGGGGGGCUGUGGCACCCAUGCCUGGGGUGAUAGAGAAGGUGUACGUCCAGGAUGGGGACACUGUGGAGAAGGGAGACCCUCUCAUGGUCAUGAUCGCUAUGAAGAUGGAGCAUGUUAUCAAGGCUCCUGAAGCAGGUGUACUGGAGAGGGUUCUGUUCAAAGAGGGAGACAAGGUGGACAAGGGGUCAGAACUGGUGGUGUACCAACAGGAACAAGAGGACAGCAAUGGUGAAGAGGAGUCCUAACACCUCACCAGGACUUAGGCCUAGGAAAAUGAAUGUUGUGUUUCCUGUUUCAGUCCUGAAAAAAUCAGAGUCGAUAGGUAGGGAUUAUCUUUUUUUU